AGAACGCCGGAAGUCUCGACUUCUACUACCGCUGGUCUGACGCUGCUGUCAGAGUACCAUUAAGCUCGAUCUCCAUCGUUUAAUUUAGUACGUACUGCAGUGGGGACACCCAAAGCAGUGGACUUCAAAAUGAUUAAUGCUAUAUUAAUAUUUAAUAACCACGGGAAGCCUCGGCUGAUCCGCUUCUAUCAGUACUUUGCGGAGGAACUGCAGCAGCAGAUCAUCAGAGAAACCUUCCAUCUGGUGUCCAAACGGGACGACAACGUCUGCAACUUCCUAGAGGGCGGCAGUCUGAUUGGUGGCUCUGACUACAAGUUGAUCUACCGUCAUUAUGCUACGCUGUACUUUGUCUUCUGCGUGGACUCAUCAGAGAGUGAGCUUGGGAUCCUGGACUUGAUCCAGGUGUUUGUGGAGACCCUGGACAAAUGCUUUGAGAAUGUCUGUGAGUUGGAUCUGAUCUUCCACAUGGAUAAGGUGCACUACAUACUGCAGGAGGUGGUGAUGGGGGGCAUGGUCCUGGAGACCAACAUGAACGAAAUCGUGGCCCAGGUGGAGCUUCAGAACCGCAUGGAGAAGUCAGAGGGCGGUCUGUCAGCGGCCCCUGCGCGGGCCGUCUCCGCGGUGAAGAACAUGAACCUGCCGGAGAUGCCGCGCAACAUCAACAUCGGCGACCUCAACAUCAAGGUCCCCAGCCUCUCGCCAUUCUGAGCCGGCCGGGGGUUGGGGGGGUGGGGGGGGUGGUCUGUGUUCGUCCUGACGUACGACCAACUGUUACAUAGAUUUUAUUCUGUUCAAUGUAUACAAAUAGAUAAGUUGAUUUUUGUUUUAAUUUUUUGAUAAUUAUUUUGAGCGGAUUUGUUGUCCGCCGGUCUUGUCAAUGUGUCGUUCUUGUGGACUUCUGCUCUCCGCUUCGCUAACGAAAGCUACUUCGAGCUCUCUCGCGUUUCUGUUUUCCCAGGGGGGGCGUUCCUUCCUGAGGUUUUCCCAGCAUCCACUGGCAGCUCCUUGUGUUGUGCUUGUAGUUGCUGUUGUGAAUCUCAGGGUGUGAUCUGCAGGUCGCACUUUGUUCCAAGACAUCUGGUUCUCUGCAGGCCCUCUGCAACCCCCCGUUUGCUCCUCGUGUCAGCUCUCCCUUUUGGUUCUAAUUGAUGUGCCGGUGGAUGUGGAGUGUAACGGAGGGGCGUAAGAGAAUUCUCUGCGAGUUUGGAGACGUGUGGACGAGGCUGAGUUCACUCGCAUCUCUGCUCUUAAGUGAGCGCAGAGGCAAAGCUGAGAUCGCUCACGUCUCUACUCUUUAGUGAGCGCAGAGACGAAGCUGAGAUCGCUCACGUCUCUACUCUUUAGUGAGCGCAGAGACGAAGCUGAGAUCGCUCACGUCUCUGCUCUUUAGUGAGCGCAGAGACGAAACUGCGAUCGCUCACGUCUCUACUCUUUAGUGAGCGCAGAGAUCACUAACGUCUCUGCUCUUUAGUGAGCGCAGAGACGAGCAGAGAUCACUCAUGUCUCUGCUCUUUAGUGAGCGCAGAGACGAAGCAGAGAUCACUGACGUCUUUUUUCUUUAGUGAGCGCGGAGCUUCCUGCUGUUCACCACAUUCUUGGGCUGUGUAAAUAAAAGGUACAGGUGACAUUGAA